AAUAUCAAAUAUCCUUCCCCCGCUCCCAAAUCUACCAGAAAUUAGGGUUUAGGGGGUUCUAUACAGUGCUGUGCAAAUCCAUUCACUACAGUUGUUCCCCGCCCAACAAUUUAGGGCUCUCAUCAGGGUUUUUUCACAAUGAUGUACGGUGAUCCACAACAGCAGCAGAACCAGCCGCCGCUGCCGCAAGGUGGGGAAUUCCCGAGAGGUCCUCCUCCAUCGCUUCCGCAAAUGAUGCGGCAGCCCUCUGCUUCUUCCACUACUCUUAACUCAGAGUAUCACCACCCUGGUCAUCCUCCUCAGAUUCCUCCUUAUGAGGCUCAUGGUGAUAAUUUUGCCGCCAAAAGAAUGAGAAAGAUGACCCAAAGGAGGGCUGUCGAUUAUACGAGCACUGUUGUGCGAUAUAUGCAGGUUCGUACGUGGCAGCAGAACUUAAUGGACAGGACAACAUUGCAGCCUACUCCAGCAUCAGCAAUCGAUAUGUUGCCUACAGCUGCCUAUUUAGAUAAUCCGUCCUCAAGUUUUGCUGCUAAAUUUGUCCAUACAUCUCUAAAUAAAAACCGGUGUUCAAUUAAUCGUGUUUUGUGGACUCCCACUGGUAGACGUCUCAUCACGGGUUCUCAAAGUGGAGAAUUUACUUUAUGGAAUGGACAAUCAUUUAAUUUUGAAAUGAUCCUUCAGGCCCAUGAUCAAGCCAUCAGAUCUAUGGUCUGGAGUCACAAUAACAACUGGAUGGUUUCUGGUGAUGAUGGGGGCACAAUAAAGUAUUGGCAGAAUAACAUGAAUAAUAUUAAGAUCAAUAAAUCUUCUCACAAAGAAUCAGUUCGUGACUUAAGUUUUUGUAGGACAGAUUUAAAGUUUUGUUCAUGUUCUGACGAUACUACUGUAAAAGUCUGGGACUUUGCCCGGUGCCAGGAGGAGCGUUCGUUAACUGGCCAUGGUUGGGAUGUCAAAAGUGUAGAUUGGCACCCUACAAAAUCCUUAUUGGUUUCAGGCGGAAAAGACAACCUUGUGAAGCUUUGGGAUGCUAAGACAGGGAGAGAGCUUUGCUCUUUUCAUGGCCACAAAAAUACAGUACUUCGUGUCAAAUGGAAUCAAAAUGGUAACUGGGUGUUGACUGCUGGAAAGGAUCAGAUCAUAAAGCUUUAUGAUAUCAGAGCUAUGAAGGAACUUGAAUCUUUCCGAGGCCACAGGAAGGAUGUGACUGCAUUGGCUUGGCACCCGUUCCAUGAAGAAUAUUUUGUCAGUGGGAGUUUUGGUGGAUCCAUUUUCCAUUGGGUUGUUGGGUGUGAAACUCCACAGGUGGAAAUUCCUAAUGCACAUGAUAAUAGCGUAUGGGAUAUUGCUUGGCAUCCUAUUGGAUAUCUUCUAUGCAGUGGUAGCAAUGAUCACAUGACAAAGUUUUGGUGCAGAAAUAGACCAGGAGAUACUGCUCGUGAUAAAUAUAACAUGGGACAGAACCAAGGAUAUGGUGAGCAAAACCCAGCACUAGUUGCUCGUAUGCCUGGUAAUUUUGCUGUGCCUGAAGGCCCAACAACUCCAGGACCAUUUGCACCUGGAUUGACUCAAAAUGAGGGUACAAUACCUGGUAUUGGAGUUGCGAUGUCUCUUGAUGGGUCUUCUCAAGGAGACCAAAAGCAGCCUCUUCCAGGUUCCAUGCCUUUUGGAGCUCCUCCUCUUCCUCCUGGACCACAUCCAUCUCUUCUUGCAGGCAAUCAGCAGCAUGGAUAUCAACAAACCCCUCAACAGAUUCAACAACAGUCACUACAACAGCAAAUGCCUCCUAGGCCUAUUGUACCUCCGAAUAUGUCACAGCUACAGCCUGGAUCUCAUAGGCCCAUGCUUCCACAUCCUCAUUUACAACGCCCUCAACCACAAAUGCCUCCCCAUGUUGUUCCUUCACCUGGACCAUCAUCAAUUCCAAGAUCUUUGCCUUCACAUUCAUCACAUCAAAUGCCAAUGCCUGGUCCAAUGGGUGUGCAAGGUACAAUGAAUCAGAUGCCUCCUCCGAUGCCCCAAGGCCAUUUUAGGGGGAUUAAUCCAAUGCACCCGAGAUCCUUACCAAAUAGUGGUGCCCCUUCAGUUGGAGGUUUUCCAAAUGGUAUGCAAAAUAUGCAGGGCCAAGCAAAUGUGGGUGGGGGGCAAAUGUAUCCCCAGGGUGGAGGAGCAUUCAAUCGCGGACAGGGUGGGCAGAUGCCAAUGAUGCCAGGGUUCAAUCCUUACCAGUCAGGUGGUCAAUCUGGUAUGCUGCCUCCACCACAAUCAUCAGGUCAUCCACCGCACGGCCAACUGCCUCCAUAAACCGAUGAUUUCUAGAAAUUUUUAUAAGUCAUGCUGCCAUUUAACUUAAGUGGAAAAGCAUCAGGUCACUUGCCUAUUCCUUUUAGUUUUGUUGCCUUUGCUUUUUGUUUACUUUUUUUGGGAGCCUUAAAAUUAGUCUUCGCUAGAAUAGUUUUGUUGCCAAGCAAAUGGUAUUUGUUGAGUUUUACAAUAAUGUAUUUUUUUUAGAAUGUUUGAAAGCUUAAUCAUUUUGACCUGUGA